AUGGACGAAUACGAGGAGGCAGUUCUUUUCACGUUUUCGCUACUAGAAUCACGGCUGGAUCGCCUGGAAUAUGUUCUUGGAGGCCCACAGGAAGUGGCCAAGGACAAGCCGAGGACAAUAUCGGAUAGGAUACACAAGAUUGAGCAGUCAUUGCAGCAGCUAGCGGGCAAGACUGCACUGCUGGACGAAGCCAAUAGUCUACUAAGCAAACACAAAGACGUGCUCAAGCCUCAGGUCGACCACGAGGACGACGACUACGAGGACGAGGACAACGCUCCCCUUGACACUGCAUAUAAGACGGCACUGGUCGUAGAACGCGCGACUAGCUUUGCGACGACUGCGUCACAGCUCAAGGCACUCGAAGAUCAGCACAUACCCACGACGGAUGGUUUCACCAAGCUUGCAGCGCUGCGACCGCGGAUUGCCGAGGCAGAGGAGCGUCAACUUCAACAAGCACUCAAGAUGUCAGAGUUGAGGCGGAGGAACGGGCUCAUUAACCAGAGGUACAGGCAGGUCAUGGUGCUGGGAGCAGGCAGGUGCUGGGUGGACUACAACGAGAGGCUCACGCAGGCACUGCGAGCAUUAGUCAGGGAGGAAUACAGACGGCGGCCCGAGGACGAAAAGGAUAAUGGUGAUGAGGGGGCGCAUGAGGAAGAAGGACCAGAAGAAGAAGAUGCCGAGGACGACGAGUUGUGA